AUAGCUUCCGAUCAGCGAAAUCUUUAAAUUCCCUAUGUAAAAAUCUAGGGUCCCUAGAAAUACAACUCGACCGUGUAGAACUCACAGUUUGAGGUGUUUUUAAGCUUUAUUUUUUAUUUCUUGGCAAAUUAAAACCCUAUGAUGAUUUUUUACAAGUUCCGCUGAAGCCUGCACUUUUGCACUACCGAUUUUCCUGUUUUUGAUAGUUAUUGCACGGCCAUAGGUCACCAUGGCAUCACCUUCACCUCAGAGUAGUCCAAUGCCGCCGCCGCAAGCCCCCAGCCCUAUGGGCCCUCCUCCAGCUCAGAGCCCUGCACCAUCUCCAGCCCCGCAGGGUCAGUACCCUCCCCAAGGGCCACCAGUACAGGUACCUCCACAGCAUCCUGUACAACAUCAGGGACAACAUCCACCUCAAGGAGGAUAUCCAUACCAGGGUCAUAUGCCUGAACAGCACCCACAACAGGGUGGCCCACCACCUCCCAUGCAAAUGCCACCUGGAGGUCCUCAGGGGCACCCUUCUCAUCAGUAUGGACAACCACCUGUUAUGGGAUACCCACAGCAUCCACAAGCCCCUCCAGGUCAUCAUAAUGGACCUGCACCUGGCCAUCCACCGUCUCACCAACCGCACCCCGGCGCGCCGCCCAUGCACCAGGGCCACCCUGUUCAAGGUCACCCGCCGCCGCAAGGUCAUCACGUGCCGCCUCAAGGUCACCAUCCGCAGCCCCAUCCUGGCAUGCAGCAGCAUCCGAUGCACCAUACGCAGUACCCUAUGCAGAGGCCUUCCCCGGGGCCCCAACAAGGACAUCCUAUGCAACCGCAGGGGCAACCGCCUAGGCCGCCAAUGUCGGAAAAUUUGCAUGCGCUGCAGAAGGCUAUUGAUACCAUGGAGGAGAAAGGAUUGCAAGAUGACCAACGAUACAGUCAGCUGCUGGCUCUGCGAGCUCGUACCGCAGCUGCGGCUACCAAUCCGUCAUUCUCCGCGUACCAGAUGCAGAUACUGCGCAACCAGAUCUUAGCGUACAGAUGCCUGGCUAGAAAUCAACCAAUCCCGGCGGCUGUCAUGGGAGCCUUGCAGCAGAAAAGAUUACCAGAAGGCUUUCCCACUCCACCAGGCAGCCCCUAUCAAGGUCAGGUAGCACCCGAACAGGGACAGACACAGAUUCCUGGAGGACCUCAAGUUCAGGGGGCGCAGAUGCAACCAGGCCAAACACCUCAAGAAGCGGUGGAGGGGCAGACGCCAUCAGGACAAGCUGCUGCAGCUCAACAGCAGCGUCCUCAAGGACCAGGUGGUCUAAUGCCGGGGAAGCAAAGCCGCGUUACUACCCUCCCGAAACCGUGUGGAAUUGAUCCAGUUGUUUUACUGCAGGAACGUGAAAAUCGUGUGGCGGCACGUAUCGCAGCGCGAAUCCAACAGGUUAGCAACUUACCAACAGACAUGUCAGACAAAUUGCGAAUUCAGGCUCAAAUAGAGCUCAGAGCGUUGAGGUGCCUGAACUUCCAGAGGCAGUUACGGAGCGAAAUAAUCGGCUGCAUCAGAAGAGACACAACGUUGGAAACAGCCGUCAAUAUCAAGGCGUACAAGCGUACAAAAAGACAAGGUUUGCGAGAGGCGAGAGCGACGGAAAAAUUGGAGAAGCAACAGAAGCUGGAAGCAGAACGCAAAAGGCGACAGAAAAAUCAGGAGUUCCUCAACUCCGUCCUCAGUCAUGGCAAAGAGUUCAAAGAGUUCCAUAGACAGAACCAAGCUAAGAUUGCCAAAAUCAACAAAGCUAUCAUCAAUUAUCAUGCAAAUGCUGAGAGAGAACAGAAGAAAGAACAGGAGAGGAUAGAAAAAGAACGUAUGAGAAGAUUGAUGGCGGAGGAUGAGGAAGGUUACAGAAAACUGAUCGAUCAAAAGAAAGACAAACGUUUGGCCUUCCUGCUUUCUCAGACCGACGAGUAUAUCAGUAACUUGACAGAGAUGGUGAAACAGCACAAAUUGGAGCAAGCCAAAAAGAAGAAAGAUGAAGAGAAGAGGAAAAGGAAGCAACAAAAGGCGCAAGAACCGGACCGAAAAGUUACUGUUGUGGAAACUGCAACUGGCAAUAAAAUCAAAGGUGAAAAUGCUCCGACCUUCAGGCAAGCGGAAGAGUGGUUGAAAGCUCAUCCUGGUUGGGAGUUGGUAGACAGUGACGACGAAGACGAUGAUAAUGCUAACAGGAAAUCUGAUUCGGAUAAGGAUUUUGAUGCCAAAGAAGUUAUCAAAAAAGCCAAGGCUGAAGAUGACGAGUACCACAAGAACGCGCUGGAGGAGCAGACGUACUACAGCAUCGCGCACACCGUCCACGAAAUCGUCACGGAACAAGCCUCCAUCAUGGUCAACGGUAGACUCAAAGAGUACCAGGUUAAGGGUCUCGAAUGGAUGGUGUCGCUUUACAAUAACAACUUGAACGGUAUCCUUGCGGACGAGAUGGGUCUUGGGAAGACCAUUCAGACAAUCGCGUUGAUCACGUACUUGAUGGAGAAGAAGAAAUUGAAUGGGCCGUUUUUGAUCAUCGUUCCUUUAUCAACCAUAUCAAAUUGGAUGCUAGAAUUUGAAAAGUGGGCACCGUCUGUAGUUGUUGUUGCAUAUAAAGGCUCUCCUGGGAUGAGGAGGACUCUUCAGAGCCAAAUGAGGUCUGCCAAAUUUAAUGUGCUUUUAACCACCUACGAGUACAUCAUUAAGGAUAAAGGUGUGCUGUCCAAAGUGCCUUUCAAAUACAUGAUCAUAGAUGAAGGUCACAGAAUGAAGAAUCACCACUGCAAGCUGACCCAAGUCCUCAACACUCACUACCUGGCUCCGUACCGUUUGCUAUUAACUGGUACUCCGCUGCAAAAUAAACUGCCGGAACUGUGGUCUUUGUUGAACUUCUUGUUGCCCUCCAUUUUCAAAAGUUGCUCAACAUUCGAGCAGUGGUUCAACGCUCCGUUUGCCACUACCGGAGAAAAGGUGGAAUUGAAUGAAGAAGAAACUAUUUUGAUCAUCCGUCGUCUGCAUAAAGUACUUAGGCCGUUCUUGUUGAGAAGAUUGAAGAAAGAAGUAGAAUCCCAGCUUCCGGACAAAGUCGAAUAUAUCAUCAAAUGUGACAUGUCUGGCUUACAGCGGGUACUAUACCAACACAUGCAGAGUAAAGGAGUCUUGCUGACGGAUGGAUCCGAAAAAGGUUCGAAGUCGAAAGGUGGUGCCAAAGCUCUGAUGAACACCAUUGUACAGUUGCGUAAGCUGUGCAACCAUCCGUUCAUGUUCCCUAGCAUCGAAGAGAAAUACUGCGACCAUGUUGGAAUCGCAGGAGGAAUCAUCUCUGGGCCUGAUACGUACAGGGCUUCAGGAAAGUUUGAAUUGCUGGAUAGGAUAUUGCCUAAGCUCAAAACUACCAACCACAGGGUUCUCCUCUUCUGUCAAAUGACUCAACUGAUGACCAUCAUGGAGGAUUACUUAAAUUGGAGGGGCUUCAAGUACCUGCGUCUCGACGGCACGAUAAAAUCGGAAGAUCGCGGCGAUCUCUUGAAAAAGUUCAACGAUCCCAGCAGUGAAUACUUCCUGUUUUUGCUGUCGACGAGAGCUGGUGGUCUCGGAUUAAAUUUGCAGAGUGCUGAUACUGUUAUCAUCUUCGAUUCGGAUUGGAACCCUCACCAGGAUCUCCAAGCCCAAGACAGAGCGCAUCGUAUCGGUCAACAGAACGAAGUGCGAGUGCUCCGUCUUAUGACCGUGAACUCGGUCGAAGAGCGCAUUCUGGCCGCCGCGAAGUACAAACUGACCAUGGACGAAAAAGUCAUCCAGGCCGGCAUGUUCGAUCAGAAAUCGACCGGAUCGGAAAGGCAGCAGUUCCUGCAGAGCAUCCUGCAUAACGACGGCAGCGAAGACGAAGAGGAGAACGAGGUGCCGGACGAUGAGACGGUGAACCAGAUGGUGGCGAGGAACGAAGAUGAGUUCCAGCUGUUCCAGAAGAUGGAUACCGAGAGGAAGGUUGAGGAGGAGAAGUUGGGGCCAAAUAAGAGGAAUAGAUUAAUUCAAGAAAGCGAACUUCCUGACUGGCUCAUUAAGCACGACGAUGAAGUGGACGCCUGGGGACUAGAUGAAUCGGAUGCUUUACUUGGUAGAGGUACCAGGCAAAGAAAAGAAGUUGAUUAUGCUGAUAGCUUGACCGAAAAGGAAUGGUUGAAGGUAAGAGAAGUAACAAUGGAUUUCAACGAAUUUUCACUAGCUAUCGACGAGGACGGCGACUAUGAUGACGAUGAAGAGGAAGAGAAGGAAGUGAAGAAGAAGAGAGGAAGAAAGAAGAGGAAACGUGGUGACGAUUCGGACGAUGAUGGUAGCACCGUGCGGAAACGUCGCAUACCACAGAGUCAAGCAGAAGCUAAGAUGAAAAAGAAAAUGAAGAAACUCAUGAAUGUCGUCGUUAAUUACACAGAUAGGGAUGGACGCCAGUUGAGCGAUCAGUUCAUAAAAUUACCCCCAAGGAAGGAAUAUCCUGAUUACUAUUCCAUUAUAAGGAAGCCGAUUGAUAUUACGAAAAUUAUGAACUUCAUCGAUGAUGGAAAGUACUCCGACUUCGCCGACCUCGAGCGCGACUUCAUGCUGCUCUGCCAGAACGCGCAAAUCUACAACGAAGAGCACUCGUUGAUCCACGAGGAUAGCAUCAUUUUGCAGUCAGUGUUCACGAACGCCAAGGGGAAGAUCGAAGCGGCAGCCGAUUCGGAUGAUGAAAAACCGGGGGCGGAGGACCAGUCGGACGUCGAGCAACAACCGCCCACGCCUCGCGGUGGCGGUAAAAAGAGCAAGGGUGGAGAUAAGGAGAGUGCGAAGGGGAAGAGGACGCGAGGACGACCGAAGAGGACCACCAAGAAGUACGUAUCCGAUGAUGAUGAAGAUGAUGACUGAGUGUCGUGGAUCGGGUGUCGAAGACGAUGCCUGUAAACGCGUCCUGGAGCCUGAUCGCAGCUGGUCUCGACAUAUAGAAAUUUUUUUCAUCAUUCUUCAAUAAAUUGGUGCGAAACAUGAGCGUUAAGUAGUAGGUUACACACACAACAUUGAAAUAUUAUGUAACUUUAAUUUAGGAGAUUUUGUGAUUUCACUACUUUUUUACUAUAUUAUCCAUCCCAUCUUCAGACUUUUUAGCAUUUUGCAGGAUAUUACGUGUGGCAUGAAGGCACUUAAGAUUUAUACACUGUCAUAUGUGAGGGGAUUCUUUAUUGCAAGAUUUUUUUGUUCCUUAUUAUGCAAAAUAUGCGGUAUAAUAUCGCAAGCUUCAUUUGUACGUUUAAACAAAAUAAUUUUUAAUUUUGAUUAGAAGUUUUUUACAGCUUAUCUAUACCAACUGAUCACUAGUAUUGAAGGUAUGCAAUAUACAAAUAAUUGGAAAGUAAUCUCCAUUAAUACCAUGGUCGCCAAUAAAAAUUAUUAUUUUCUUGAAAGCAUAUUUUUUGUCUGGGAACACUUUUGUGAAAUGCCAUAGAGCUGGAACUGAAGCUACCAGAAUCAUUAUGUGUGUGUACUUCAACAUUUUUAGUUUUACUGUAAGAUAGAUACAAUUUUAUAAAUUUGUAGGAACACGAUGAUGAUUUUCAGUAUUUUAUAAGGAGUAGAACUAUGAUUUUAUUAUACACCUAUGGGCUAUAUUUAGCACUCUACAGGGAUUUAUAUGUAUAGACAACUGUACAAUAAAUAAUUAUUCUGGGUUA